CUAGGCACUUCCAUUGUAGAAGACUCCAUUUCCCAGAAUGCCUGGGUCCUGAAGUCACCCAAGUCUUGGCAAUUCCCUCUGUGUAGUCACGGGGCAUGCUGGGAAUCUCUUGAGGGCCAUCUCUGCUCCUGGAGUGCUCAGAAGUUUGGAUUUUGGCUUUUGUCUUGAGAGGGUCGGGGAGGGCGUCAAUGCAAAAGUUGCAGCUGGGGCUUCCGCAGUGGAGACUUUCUGCUCCCGAAUUUCUGGGGAGACAGAAGACCCGGGUGGACCAGUUGCGGGUGUACAAGAGGAAGUCUGCCCACCUUGGGGCUGCCACCCCCUGAGGGACCACAGUCUGGGCCAAGCAGAGACCCUGGAGCCGGAGGGAAUGGCCCCCGGGACUUGGAGGCCCCCUUCCCAGGGGUCAAUAACAUUCAAGGAUGUGACUGUGGACUUCACCCAGGAGGAGUGGUACCUAUUGGACCAUGCUCAGAAAAAGCUGUACAGGGAGGUCAUGCUGGAGAAUGUGCAAAAUCUGAUCUUUGUGGAGGCAGAGACUAAUUUUGAAGCGGAGAUGUCUAUAAAAAAGCUGAACUUUUUUAUAGAAGGAUAUGGCCCUCCAAAAGCCAUGAAUAAAGGUCCCUGUGACUCCAUUUUGAGAGAAAUAUGUGACUCUAAUAUCUUAAAGGUAAAUAAAAAUCCAAAGAGUGACUAUAAAUUUGAUGAAGUCGAACAUUCAGUCCUAAAUCAGUAUGGGAAAUUGACCUCAGGAAAUGACUGUUGUCUGGAUAGUGAAUACACCAAAUGCUUUCCUGAAAAAGUAGGAUUUAAUCAGUUACAUGAAAAGCCUCCUGACAUGCCCAUAUAUCAAGAUAACCUAGGGAGAAUGACCUAUGACUCAAGUUUAGACCUCACAAUACGUCCAAAAAGUAAACGUGUAGAGACUCUUUCUGUGAGUAAUAAAGGUGGGAGACCUUUCGGUCAGAAUUCUGAGUUUGGUUCAUAUCAAAUAUUACAUUCUGGGGAGAGACCAUAUCAAUGUAAAAAAUGUGGAAAGGCUUUCACACAGAGGGGUCAUCUUGUUACACAUCAGAGAAUCCACACUAGAGAGAAACUUUAUGAUUGUACACAGUAUGGAAAGGUUUUCACAGAGAAUAGCUCUCUUGUGAGGCAUCAGAGAAUUCACACUGGAAAGAAACCUUAUGAAUGUACACAGUGUGGUAAGGCUUUCAUACACAGGAUGAGUCUUGCUACACAUCAGAGGCUCCACACUGGGAAGAAACUUUAUGAAUGUACAGAAUGUGGAAAGAUUUUCACAAAGAGGGGAGAUCUUGUUAGACAUCAGAGAAUCCACACUGGAGAGAAACCUUAUGAAUGUAAACAGUGUGGAAAGGCUUUCGCAGAGAGGGGUAGGCUUGCUGUACAUCAAAGAAUCCACACUGGAGAGAAACCUUAUGAAUGUACACAGUGUGGAAAGGUUUUCACACAGAGAGGUAAUCUUGCUAAACAUCAACGAAUCCACUCUGGAGAGAAACCUUAUGAAUGUACACAGUGUGGAAAGGCUUUCGCAGAGAGGGACAAUCUUGCUGCACAUCAAAGAAUCCACACUGGAGAGAAACCUUAUAAAUGUACACAGUGUGGAAAGGCUUUCACACGGAGGGACAAUCUUGUUGCACAUCAGAGAAUCCACUCUGGAGAGAAACCUUAUGAAUGUACACAGUGUGGAAAGGCUUUCACACGGAGGGACAAUCUUGCUGCACAUCAGAGAAUGCACACUGGAGAGAAACCUUAUGAAUGUGCACAGUGUGGAAAGGCUUUCACACAGAGGAGUAAUUUUGUUAUACAUCAGAGAAUCCAUACUGGAGAGAAACCUUAUGAAUGUACACAGUGUGGAAAGGCUUUCACACGGAGGGACAAUCUUGCUGCACACCAGAGGAUUCACACUGGAGAAAAACCUUAUGAAUGUAAACAGUGUGGAAAGGCUUUCACAGAGAGUAGCUCUCUUGCUCUACAUCAUAGAAUCCACUCUGGAGAGAAACCUUAUGAAUGUACACAAUGUGGGAAGGCUUUCACACAGGGGAGUAAGCUUGCUGCACAUCAGAGAAUCCACACUGGAGAGAAACUUUAUGAAUGUACACAGUGUGGAAAGGCUUUCAUACACAGGGUGAAUCUUACAGCACAUCAAAAGAUCCACACUGGAGAGAAACCUUAUGAAUGUAAACAGUGUGGAAAGGCUUUCAUAUAUAGGGUGAAUCUUACUGCACACCAGAGGAUCCACACUGGAGAAAAACCUUAUGAAUGUAAACAGUGUGGAAAGGCUUUCACAAAGAGUAGUUCUCUUGCUGUACAUCAUAGAAUCCACACUGGAGAGAAACCUUAUGAAUGUACACAAUGUGGGAAGGCUUUCACACAGGGGAGUAAGCUUGCUGCACAUCAGAGAAUCCACACUGGAGAAAAACCUUAUGAAUGUACAAAGUGUGGAAAGUCUUUCAUACACAGGGUGAGUCUUGCUGCACAUCAGAGGAUCCACACUGGAGAGAAACCUCAUAAGUGAGACUGAACUUAUAGUUACCACUCUUAUUUAACAUUUGAGGAUUUACACUAGUGAGAGACUUUAGGAAUAUGAUCAUUGUGGUAAGGCCUUCAGGCAACAAUCAUCUCUUAUUCCCAAGCGAGAAUUCCUUUUGGAUAGAAGUCUUACUCCUAUCAUGAAUGAAGAAAGACAUUGAAAUGGAGAGUCCAGAGCUUGUUCAGUGUGAGAAAAUGUCUUCUGAACAAUACCAACAAAACCUAAUGACUAUGUUCAAUUUUCUGUUUUUCCCUCAUGAGGGUGAUCACUCUCAUUUGGAGAAGUGCAAAUGUUAACAAGUCUGAGGGACCAGCCCACAUCUAUUAGUUUGGUUAUUAUGACAGAAAAGGAAACUGACAAACCUUGGAGGAGAUGUGAGAAGAUUGAAAAAAGAAUGACCUUUUGGGGUUGUGAACUAUCUCAACCAUUCUGGAGAAGGAAAUACGUCAAAAAGGCAUUAAACAACAAAAAGGAAAAAGACCCUAUAUGUAUAAAAAUUAUAAAAUACAUAAAGAUGCUCUUUUUGGGGUGACAAAAGUAUUGGAAAUUAAGAGGAAACUCAUCAAUUAGGAAAUGGCUAAGCAAAUGAUGGCAUAUGAUUGUAAUAGAAUCCUAUUAGUUUAUCAUUAAUUAGGAGAAGGUGGAUUUCAGAAAAACCUGGAAAGAUUUGAGAACUUAUGCAGACUUAAUUUAAUAUAAUCAAAAUUAUUCAUUCCACAUUAUGUAAUGUUCCCUGUCUCUUGUUUGGUUUUAAAUUUCCUUCCUUUCCCAUAGAUCUUACAGGUAUACUAUUUUACCUUCCUUUAAUUUACUUAUAAUAUCACUCUAUUAAAUCCCCCUUUCCAUUGUGUUGCUAACACCUGAGUGUUUGCUGCUGCCUUGGAAGCUUGGGUGUUUCUUUUAGGCAACAGUUAGCCUCCUAAAGGCUUUUACCUGAGGAGAUGCUUCCACCCUUUUAACUCCCUGCCGCCAUAACUAGGAAGAACAAUCAAGGAGAGCAGCAGUCUAUGGCCUCAUGACAAGGACAAGGAAGCAAGUGGCUCCCUGGUGUUUUUAUUCCUGGGGGACAGGGGAAGUGAAGUUACUCUUCCAAACCUCUUUAACUUUAACCAGUGCAUACUGGAGCGCUACCUAUGGACAGAAAGUAGAAUUGCAAGUAUGACCUACUCUGAAAAAGAGGCUUAUCAAAGGUUUAGGAUGUCAUUUCCUUCUAUUCCUGGGUGCACUGGUUCUUGUGAUUAGCUUGUCUGAGAUUUAGGGGAGAGAUUCAUCUCCCUGCACCCCCUUACCAUUUUGGCCUGCCCAGUCUCUGCAAUACAUCCAAUAUAGGGUUAGCCUACACAAUGCCUAGUGUGGGUAUGGGGACCCCCAAUAGUGUGACCAAAGGAAUCCAAAUGGAUGAUGAUACUGGGGAGGGGACGGCACCUUAAAGAGUCGAGGUGAAUUUGCUACUACAUUGCUCCCUUGAUAUUAACUGUUUCAGUUUGUUUCCCUCCAAAUAGUGAAGAAGUCUCUAUAAUGCAGCUAUUGGAAUUGGAGAAAAGAACUCUUGAAUUCAGUUCCUAUAUCUUGUCACAUAUGUUGUAUUUGCUGAUUGUUUAAGAUUUAAUUUUGGUUUAAAGUUCAUAUAUCGAUCUAAUCUAUAAUGUUCUAUUUCACUAUGCCAUUUUCAGCUACUGUGUUUUGGCCAUUAGCUAUAUGUGCUGUUACAUUGUUUUUAUUUGUAGCUCCCCAUAUUGUGAAAUUAGAAUCUGUUACCCAAAAAAACUAUGUUUCCCAUAACUCCACUCACUUCCUGUCAUGACGUGCUGAUGUAGACAGGAUAAAUUGGGUCGAGUUCCAGGUCUAGCCUUCUUGUCCUUCCUAUCAGUGGUGUUGGCAGAGUGCACUUUUUUGAACAGGUAGAAAACUUAGUCAUAUGGUUCUAUUUUGUUGGAUAAUAAACUUUAUGAAAAAUA